CUGCUAUCAGCAUAGCUGCACGAGGCAAUCACGCCGCCCGGCGGAGCCCAUUGGCCAGCCCGGAGGAAGCUCGUGCUGCGAUUGGCGAGCAGCCUCUCCCCCUCCCUCUUCCCCUUUCGUUCUCUCCUCCUCCCUUCGCCCGCCUACCAGCUGCUUUUGCUGUAUGGAGUGUUUUGGUGUGUUUCCCUCUGUGUUUUGGCUGCUCGCCUCCCUCGGAGGAGGGAGGGCGGGAGGAGGUAGGUGGGAGGCAGGCAAGCAAGCAAGCAGGCGGAGGAGGAGGAGGAGGAGGAGGCGGUUCUGGCUGCAGCUCUUGCUGGCUUUGUCACAUCGCUGCUGCCUGCGGGAGCUUCCACCAUGCAUACCUCGCCCUGCGCCGAGGCGAUGGGAGAUGCCCCCGCGGUUGACAUUGUGGACAUCUAUGAAUCCAUACGUGAACGGCAGCGUCACGACAGUGAAAGGUCUACUUGUAGCACCUUGGAACAGAACGACAUAGAAGCAGUAGAGGCACUUGUUUGUAUGAGCUCCUGGGGUCAAAGAUCACAGAAAGGCGACCUGUUGAAGAUAAGGCCUCUUACACCUGUCUCAGAUUCAGGUGAUUUCUCAAUGCACACUGAACCCACGUCUGAGUUGCCUAAGGAUUAUAACUUUUUAUCCACACUGUGUAUGACACCACCCUAUAGUCCAGAUUUUGUUGAGCCUUCCACAACAGCACCGCUUUUGUCCCAAGCCACUUACUCAAAACCGAGGACAAUCAAGACGAACAUGUCUGCCUGCCUGAUCACUCCUCCAGGUUGUGCUCUUCCUGCACCCAAGCCAGCUGCCCUGAAUUUGGGGAGGGAGUCCAGCCAGAAGCCAGCGAGAGCGGAGCAAGUUGCUCCUCAGCGUUGCAGAGCAAGAGCAACCAGCGUGAUCCGUCACACCGGGGACAGUGCCGGUUACUCCCACCUUCCUCCUGUGCAAACAAAAGUGGAAGCUGCGUCGGGCGCCAGUGUUUCUGCAGACGGGCAUGAGGCGCAAGAUGAGAGACAUCCCGCAGCCUUGCAAGACUGCGACAUUGCGGACAGCAUAGAUUGCGGCACUUCGCCAGGAUGUGAACCUGUGAGGCUUGCUUCGCAGCAAACCCCUUUCCCGAACGCUUGCGAAAGUGACCCGCAGCAGAAGUCCCCCUCGCUGCUAGCCUCCCCGCUCUCUAACCCCCAAGUGAUCUGCCAAAUGAUCCCCUUGGACGGACAAAGAGGUAUGGUCCCAGGCUUCCUAAAGCCCUCUGCUCAGAUGGCAGCGACGGUCAAACCCAUCCUACCCCACACAGCCCCAGUUUCUCAGCCUGUGCUGAUGGGGCCUUCAAUGCCUCAGGGGACUGUUAUGUUGGUUCUUCCGCAGGCUGCUGUUGCCCAGGCGCCUCCUUGCCAACAAACUGUGAUGUCUGUUGGGAAUACCAAGUUGUUGCCCCUGGCCCCUGCUCCGGUUUUCAUUGCUUCUGGCCAAAGCAGCGCACCUCUAAUUGACUUUUCCCGGAGGAGAAAUUACGUUUGCAACUUCCCGGGCUGCAGGAAGACGUACUUCAAAAGCUCCCACCUCAAAGCCCACCUGCGUACUCAUACAGGAGAGAAACCUUUCACCUGUAGCUGGGAAGGUUGUGACAAGAAGUUUGCCCGCUCCGAUGAACUCUCUCGCCACCGCAGAACUCACACAGGGGAGAAGAAGUUUGCAUGUCCAGUCUGUGACCGCCGUUUCAUGCGCAGUGAUCACCUGACGAAACACGCUCGCCGCCACAUGACGACAAAGAAAGUGCCCAGCUGGCAGACAGAAGUUGGCAAACUGAACAGAAUUGCAACCAUGGAGAAGCCUAAGAGUGAGACUCCUUUGAGCAUGCUUCUGCCUAUGCUGUCUUCUGGCUAGCAGGCCUGCUUUGGAAGAUGAACAUUUCAAGAGGAACUUGGGUGGUUUCCAAAAAACCAGCUUUGACUGUUUUUUUUGUUGUUGUUGUUUUUUUUAAAGUAUCCAAGAGUGGUUGCAUUUAUAUUGUGGAGGAGGAGGAAAAUCCUGUAAAGUCUUCUGCCCUCUCUUUUUCCUCCCCAUCCCUUCGUAUUAAGCCCUAUUUAUAUGUUAACGUUUUAUUUCUGUUAUCCUUUUGUUUUCUCCAAUGCUUUUAGGGCAUUCACCAGCACUUGGGGGGAGGAGGGAGAAUAUUUUUGGUGGAAAUGUUGGCAAUGGGCUUUGCAAACAUAUCUUUUCUGUUGAGUUAACAGUGGAUGAUGAAAAGUGAAACAGGGUGGUUCCCCCCCUCCCCUGGCAUUUUAAACUAGUUUUUUUCCCUGUCUUACGAGUUCAGCUGUGGUCUGAUCUUGCAAAAUCACCCUGUGAGAAGAGUGAAAAGCAACAUCAGAGGUACCACUUGGAAAUUUAUUAAUUUUUUUCCUGAACGGAAUCCAAACUAAUUUGUAAUUUCAGAGUGUCUGAACUCCAGUCUAGCAACUGAAUCCACUUUAGGAUUACCUGCUGUGCCACAUUUUAAAGCAGUGUCGUUCUUUCCCAAAUGUCUGAAUAUUGAGGCCUAGGUAUUGUUGAUGCCUAUAAAUAGCUCAGGACCAAUUUAGGUGCAGCACUGACCAUGUGCGUCCCUGCUGGGAAGUCCUAACCUGUGCAGUAAUUCCACAUGGUCAACUGCACGCUCAAAAGGUUUUAACCCUAGACACCAUUCCAUAAUGCACACCCUCUGUUAGUCAGUUGUUGGCGUGUAAACACGUAUGGAUUAGUGGAUGUGGUACAUUGGCUACUUGAAGCUCCUGUAUGUGUACAAUUGUACAGUGGCAGGGCUUCAUAUAUUCACCACUGCAUUCAAAUUUGCUUGUGUGAACAAAAUCCCAUUUGUUGCUUCCCUGCUUGCAGUCUGCUGGUCUGACUUGAGUUGGGUAAGUUUGGUGGACCUUGUUCAUGUGUAUUUUGUGGCAAAGGAGUGACUUGCUAAAGUGCUCCCUACAUUUAUUAAUUGCAACGUAAGAAGUGACCUUUUAAUUUGAGUGCUGGUAACGUUUGGAAGGCUUGGGGGCAGCUUGUCUGUCCGUUGGGACGGUCCUGCCAAACCGCAAGGACUUCUGUAUAUCCCAUCUUCAGAACGGAAGAACUUCCGGAUCACAUUCCCUUCAGAGUGAAAGUUAAGCAUGUCCAUCAAUAUAUCCCUUAUGACUUCAGUGGGGAAAAUAAGUGCCUAGCUUUGGAUUAUGCCCUUGAUCUCUUAAUAGUAAUGAGUAUAACGACCCCUUAAGGGAAAUGCCCAAACCACAUUGAGCUAUUGUUUUGAUCUAAAUAAAGUCGGGGGAGGAUUUAUGAUUUGAAGUAAAGGCUGAAAAUGCAAUGCCUGCAUAACCAUUUUUAUAAUCAUCCAAGCAAACAUUUGAAAAUCUGAUCAAUGACACAACCACAACAGACAGCACCUUAAAUAAUUCUCACUUGAGUAGUUCAUAGGUAAAGAGGAUAAACAAGGCAACAGAAGCAAUUGGACAUUCAGGGUUCAGUACUCAAAUCGGCUCCUGUCUUGCCACUUUCAAAAUGUGCUGGGUUUAUAAUGGGAAAUUGCUGACUGGCAACAGAUUGUUCCAGAUCAACAAUUCGUUUCUCACAAAAGUGACCCAAAUAUUCUUAGCUUUGGAGCAAAAGCGCUUUGUGGAGAUGUUAACUGCUGUUGUUGUGGUCUCCUUUUCCACAGCACAUUGGAUGAGUGAAAUGAAAGGACGGCUGAUGGAAGAGAACUAAAAUUAAGGGUGGACCAUUCAGCUGCCAUUUCACAUGAUUUGCUCGAUUCUGUAUACAUAAUAUUUAAUCAAGCUGAGAUAAUUGUUCUAAUGAUGACGAGAAAGCAUGAUCAGAUGUGUAUGUAUAUAUGUGUGUGUGGAAUAAGUAAUAUCUGACACUUCAUUGGUAUCUGAAACUAGGUAGACCUCUCGCAGCUGGAAUCUCAACCUGAUCUCUUUAUUAUUCAGCCAAGAUUGCAGUGCAUUUGCCAAUUUGUGUUGGAGCCAUUGGAAAAUAUUUCCACAGAUGGUGGGAGUUUACUUGGAAACACAUCUGGAGUAAGUGGCUUGAGAAAUGCAGUUCUAAAACACCUGCACCAACGUACCCUCAGUUUCAGCACAAUGACUAGGGCAGGGAGAUGGUAUGCGUGGCCCUCCUGAUGUUGUUAGACUCCAGCUCCCAUCAGCCCCAACCAGCAUGACCAGAGGCCAGAGAUUAUAGGAGUUGCAGUCCAACAAUAUCUGCAUGGGUGGCUUGGGCAGUACUGUUGAAUAGGUUUGCCAGUAUCUGCUUUUGUACCUCCGACAGCAGCCUGAUCUGCAGAAAUCAAGAAAGUGAAACUCACCCUAGCACUUCAUUCGCAUGCUAUGAAGACCUUCAGCUGCUAAAUUUCUGCAAGUCAGGGGCAGGAUCUCUGCCAAGAAAAAAGAGACUGGUUGGCAACUCUACCAGCAUCACAUCAUAUGUUGGGAGCCUGCAGAGCCACUGCAAUCAGUUUGCCCAUUUUAAGCAUUUAUCUACCUCCCUGUCCAUUAUUGACAACUAACGUUCAUGAAGUUGACCAUAACAGACGCACCCAAUUUUCUCUUUUUAAAAAAAGUAGCCAUGGUCAUGGAUAUGGGAAUUAUGCAUUGAAAGAUUCUCAUCAAUUUAAACCAAUCUGGCCUAUAUUCCCAAUUCAAGUAUAUUGGAAGCAGGCGGACUUUGAAAUUGAUGUUAAACCAAUGCUGUCGCAUUGUGUGAGCUACCAAGCCUAUUGCAGUUUCCAACGGUACAUUAUGGCUUGGCAGGUGAUUAAGCAGAUGGAAAGGAUAGGAAGUUUCCAGGAAGUUCUCCUAGGUGAGUGGACUGCAUUUGAUGGGUCACUAGUUCUGCACGCAUGGAAUGUUACCCAUACUGCACCUUACUGUAUUUGUGUGUUUGAUUUACUAUAAAUAAUAAACUUUAUUUCACGAGCCAGCAGAUCUGUGGCUCCUCUGAAACAUGUUAGAAGGUGCAAGAUGAGUAUGAAUAGGUUUUUUCCCCUUCACUUUAUGGUCACCUAAUUGAACAAAAAUGAAUAUUAUACACGUUCAAUGUUAAAAAAAGGAACUGGUGAGAAGACAAGCUACAUGGCAGAAAUGCAAUGUAUAUAAAACCAAAAUGCAACAACUUGAUUCGUCUGGAACCACUGUCUCUGCCCCUUUCUGACAAUAUGCAGACGCAAUAGUCCAUUUUUCUCUGGUUUAAUUCCAUUGAAGUUCAUCAAAAGUUGCCAGAAGUCAAAAGAUUUCCCUUGUGCAAUUGCGAGGCUUUUCAAAAAGUUUCCUAAUUCUCCCCCCCUCCCUAUGCUGAUUAUUACCUGACUUAAGAUUAUGGGAAUUUAUGUUUGGUGUAGUAAAAUAUUGUGCCUAAUAUUUUAUAAACCUUGUUUUGUCUUUCUGUUCAUUUUAUUGUGGGAUUCCUGUAUUUGUGUGUAUAUGCAAAUAUUGUUUGUAUUCCUUCAAGGGCUGCAUUGUAAUCCCUCUUCUAGUAAAGUGAAUAUUUGCAUA